AUGGGAGCCGGAAAGAAACAUGCAUCGUCUCACUCGAGUCGGUACAAUAGGCUUGUGACGGUGGCCGUCGCCUUUGGUUCGAUGACCUAUGGCUACUGCUCAGCCAUCAUUGGGAGCACCAUUGGACAGCCAGGAUGGUAUCAGUUCUUCGACCUGCCCAUGCAAGGAGAACCUGGUUAUGGCGGAAAGACCACAAAUGCAAUUGCAACGGCAAACGGUCUAUACAGUGCAGGCGGAGCGGUCGGAUCUCUUUUCAUUGCUUGGUCAGCCACUGCCAUUGGCCGCAAACGAAGUAUUCAACUCGGAGCACUCUUGGCCAUCAUCGGAGGUGCGUUUCAAGGCGGUGCAGCAGCCCUUGCCAUGUUCCACGUGGGCCGAGUCAUAUCAGGUUUAGGCAUCGGAAUUCUCGUCACGGCCUGUCCAAUGUAUCUGUCUGAGCUAGCCCCCCCUGAAAACCGUGGCUGGCUGGUCGGGCACCAUGCCAUCUUUCUCGUUUUUGGGUACAUGCUUUCUGGCUGGCUCGGGUAUGCCUGUUAUUUCGCGACGGACAAGAACCCGUCCUUCGCCUGGAGAUUUCCCCUCUGCGUCCAGACUCUGCCCCCCUUGGUAUUGGCAGUCACGUCGCUCUGGAUCCCCAUGUCGCCGAGAUGGCUCCUCCAAAAAGGCAGGACUGAAGAGGCCUGGACCGUGAUCCAGGCCCUGCGCCGCUCCCCAGACGACCCGGAUGAUCUCGUUGCGAAGGAGGAACUGUACCAGACCAAAGAACAGAUUGCGCUGGAUGCUGCCAAACUUAGAGCCGUCGGGUAUGGUCCGUGGAUGGCUUGUAUCAAGAAGAAGAGUUAUCGCAAGAGAAUGAUCAUUGGAUUCUUGACUCAAUGGGGAGCCGAGUUUGCUGGUCCCUUGGUCAUCAACAAUUACAUGGUGAUUCUAUACACGAAUCUAGGCCAGACAGGAUCCAUGCCUCUCCUCCUCUCCGCCGUCUGGCUCACCACAGCCGGCGUCAUCUAUAACCCGACGGGCGCCUGGCUCCACGACAAAGUCAACUCGCGCCGCUUCAUGUACAUGUUCGGCACGGCAGGGUGCCUGGUAACGACGUCGAUUCUGUGCGCGCUGCUCGCGACCUACGCCGGCACGACAGACAAGGGCGGGAACGCGGGCGGCGUCUUCAUCGUGUUCCUGUACCUGACCUUCCAAGGCACCUUCUGCGACACGACCAUGUACCUGUACGUCAGCGAGAUCUUCCCGACCGAGAUCCGGCCGAUCGGGAUGGGCUUUUCGCUGUUUGGCCAGUUCGCAGCGACCAUCAUCUUGCUGCAGACGGCGCCCAUCGGCUUCGUGAAUGUCGGCUGGAAGUACUAUUUGGUCAUCGUGGUGUGGUGUGCCAUCUACCUGCCCAUGAUCUACUUCUUCUGGCCCGAGACCGCGCGCCUCUCGCUCGAGGAGAUCUCAAAGCAGUUUGGCGACGACGUUGCCGUGCAUGUCAACGACAUCAGCGAGGAGCAGCGCAGAGAGCUCGACGAGUUCCUCAAGUCAAAGGACAUCGUGCAUUCGCCCCCCACAGAGGCCGAGUCCCUGUCCCCGCCCACCACCGAGAUCCAGGAAAAGCCCGAGGAGAAGGUCUGA